GAUUUACAGACAAAUAGUUGUCACAUAGGCGAAGAACGUAGCACGGCAAUGGCCAAUAGCAAGAAUAAUAACAAUGGCUAAGAGUUUAUCGACACCAUUCGACACCAGUGGACAAACAAACACUUGCAACAAAAACAGUGGGAAAGGCAAACCUUUAGCUCAAGUAUUAAGAGAGAAGAAUUCUAACGGGCGUUUUGGGAUCGAUAAUAAAUCGCUUGGAGAAAAAUUACUUCAUCAAAGCUUGUAUUCGGCUCAGAAUGCCGUCAAAAAGAAAGCGCCUGUAUUAAGGCAAACUAAAUUGGGUAUACGUAAGUCGGUGAAGAGAAGCUCGCAGCACGAAGAUGGAUUUAUAGCAGCCGAACAAUUCGAAACUAAAUCUGAACUUUUCAUAAUGCCAUUACCCAAAGCCAAAUAUAUUCGAAGCAAUAGCAAUUUAAAUGCUACAGUAUGCGAUGAUAAUAAAAUUGCGAAAAUUACGAAUCCAAUGAAUCAACCUGGACGUAAGAUGGUGGCCUUAACAAGUGGAGUAGAUUUUCUUAUAAAAACAUGUAAAUUGUAUAAAAAUUUAGAUGCUUUGUGGAAUGUUUAUGGAAAACUGAUAAGAUAUACUAAAGGAAAAAUACGUUUCGAGUACAUAUUGUUAAUGCGUAAUAUCGAUGGCAAAGGUCCUGUACUGCAAUGCGUCUAUUUCGACUUCAAUAAUAGCUUGAAAGAUUUUUCCAAUGGCUGUUUAAUGCGCGCUGUUGGUAACUUUAACGAUACUAAUCGUUUAAGAGCUUAUAAAAUUCGGUUAGUUAAACCCUCUUCGGUAGACGCUGCUUAUCUUCAUCGUAUACAGAACGUAAACUCUUUUGUCUUAUUACAAGUCACGGAAUCCAAAGAAAAUUAG